GUUUCAAAUCUAUUUAGAAGAAUUUUGAAUCUAUCUUUCAAAUAUAUAAAAUAAGUUUUGUUGUAUAUCCCAUCAUCGCUUCGGUGCUAUGUCUUCAUAUUUUCGAUGUUUGUUUGUCCGUAUAAAUAACUGACGGUUUCAUAAUUUUCUGGAAAAUGGGCAAAUUAAUUCAAAAGGGACAUCGCUGAUGAUUCACAAAAGUAAGCAAUGUACGGUGGAACUGUAAGAAGGGUUUCAGUUUCUGUGGAAAUGGAAGAUAACAACCCGAAAAACGACCUGUAUAAAGAAUCUUUCUACUCUGGAGGCUUGAGUCAGUAUAUUAGUUGGCUCAAUGUUGAUAAGAAACCACUUCACGAUGUGCUGACUUUCAGAAAAGAGAUAAAUGGUAUCACCAUGGACAUUGCGCUUCAAUGGUUCGUAGAUGGAUAUGCAGACACGAUGUUAGGAUUUGCUAACAGCAUCCGCUCCAUUGAUGGUGGAACACACAUAGAUGGCGCGAAAGCUUCAAUAACAAGAACUCUUAACAGCCUUGCGAAAAAGUCGAAGGUUGUCAAGGACGAGGAUAUAACCUUCAGUGGGGAGCAUGUUAGGGAAGGACUGACUUGCAUUGUCUCUGUCAUUGUUCCAAAUCCUGAAUUUGAAGGUCAAACACAGACGAGAUUAGGAAAUCCAUAUGUGAGGGAAAUUGUUGACCAAUCAGUCGAGGAGUACCUAACGGAGUAUUUUGAAUUGCAUCCACAUGUACUUGAGAGCAUUAUCUCCAAAUCCUUGAACGCUUACAAGACUGCUUUAGCUAUCAAGAGGGCAAGGGAAGUGAUUAGAUCAGAAAGUGUAGCAACGCCGUGUACCAUUCCCGAGAAGCCGUGCACCAUUCCUGAGAAACUGACCAACUGCUCUUCUGCAAAAUCUGGAGAAACAUGGGGCAAGGCCGUAAACUCGGAUAGUCCCGUGUUAUUCCACGGUCUAUGGCCCGUUGUGAACUUAGGUGAUUCUUCAGGUGGCGCUGCAAAACAGGGCCCUGACAGGCGUUUCCAGCCAAAAGGCAUUGUCUCGGUGGCUCUGACGGUUAUCUCUAUCUCUUGCCAGAGCAAAAGGACACGGGAACAGCCACGGAGGGAUUGUGCAGCCUCUAGAGCUCCUGGAAAGUCUUUCGAGAAUACUAGUGAUUCAAGCUUUGAGAAGAAACGCCAAAAACUGAAAUCUAGUGUUCCAUCCUCACGUCCCUGCUUUUCUUCACGUCAAACUGCUGAGGCUUCAAACCCACCAAACCGUAAAGGCGCCAAGAUUCUCAAAAGAGCAGCCUCUGGCUCGAACAUAACCAAAAAUGUUGUCCCAAUCGGUCCUGGUUUCCAGGCCGAGAUUCCGAUUUGGAUUGCUCCUACCAAGAAGGGCAAAUUUUAUGGUAGUCCCGGAGAUUCCGACACUCUUAGAUGGCUGGGAACUGGUGUGUGGCCAACAUAUAGCCUAAAGAAGAAAGCUUACUGCAAAAAGGUCGGCCAAGGAAGAACCGACUCUUGUUCCUGUGCUUCUCCAAGAUCUACCGGUUGCGUAAAACAACACAUUAGAGAAGAAGGGGAGCUUCUAGAAAAAGAAAUUGGCCGUGCUUUCUAUGCUUGGAAGUUUGAUGAAAUGGGUGAAGUCGGAGCAAAAUCAUGGACGGCCAAAGAAGAGCAAAGGUUCGAAGCUCUUGUGAAGAGCAACCCUAUGUCAAGUAGUAAAGGGUUUUGGGGGCUUGCUUCCAAGGCUUUCCCAAGGUAG